CGAUGUUCUUGAGUCAUAUUCUCGCUCUAGGAAUCCCGUGUGUUAUUGCCCUAGUUGCCGCUUUGCGUCUGACUCGCAGACGUAUCUACCCUUUACCUCUGCCGCCUGGUCCCCGUCCCUUGCCAUUUUUUGGCAACGCACUUGAAUUGGACACCAAACAACCUUGGCUCACAUAUACUGCGUGGGGAAAGAUAUAUGGAAAAAUUAUUCACUCCAACAUCCUCGGCACCGACUACAUCAUCAUAAACUCUGCAACGAUCGCGCGAGAGUUGGUGGACAAGCGGUCUGCAAUUUACUCGGAUCGCCCUGUUAUUCGCGCCAAUGAAUUAUCCGGCAUGGAUUUCAAUACCGUGCUUCUUCCGUAUGGCGAGACGUUGCGACGGCAUCGUAAGAUCUUCCAUCAAGUCCUUAAGGCUGAAGCCUCGCUGUCAUACUAUGAGAUGUACUCUCGCCAUGCGAAUGGACUAGUCAUCACUCUUUUAGAUUCCACCAAUGACUUACGCGAACACAUUCAAGCAUACGCGGCAUCCCUGAUCACGGCCGUGACAUACGGACACGCUGCCCAAGGAAAUAAUUACCCAUUCCUUGCCCGCGUGAAUGAAUUGAUUGAGAUCGGUAAACAAAUUCUUUCACCCGAGAGCGCUGCCAUUUUCACAGCCUUUCCUUUUCUCGAAAAGUUGCCAACUUGGUGCUUUGGUGGAGCCUUUGCAUUAAUGGGACGAACUAGAAAAUUAUCUCAGCAGCUUUUGAAUGAGCCCUUCAACGAGGUGAAAGUACAGAUGGCGAAUGGUACUGCCCCACGUUCAUUAGUUGCCGACUUCCUCAAUCAAGCUGACGGCAACGCUGAUGAAGACACGAUGAAGGCUGUUGCGUUGAUGGCAUACAUAGGUGGCAUAGAGACGAUUACAUCUGCAUUGCAGACAUUCCUGUUGGCCAUGGUGCUCUAUCCUGACGUCCAAGCCCGGGCUCGCGCAGAAAUAGAUCAAGUCGUGAGGCAUAAUAAAAUGCCAUGCCUUGAUGAUAGACCAUCACUACCCUACCUUGGUGCCGUCCUCCAUGAGGUCCUGAGAUGGUAUCCUCCCGCACCCCUAGGAAUGGCAUAUGCGACAUUAAGUGAUGAUGUUUAUGGCGGGUACUUCAUACCCGAAGGUGCGACAGUAAUUGUGAAUCAGUGGGCACUGUCUCGGGACGAAGACUUGUUUCCAGAUGCAUCGCGCUUCGAUCCUAGUCGCCAUCUGACAGCUGAUGGGCAGCUGAAGGACCAUUUCGUCAACCACACCGCCUUUGGUUUUGGCAGGCGCAUCUGUCCUGGUCGUUGGUUUGCAGAGAACAUUCUGUGGACUGCUGCUGCUGCCGUGCUCGCCGUCUUGCGCGUCGAUCAUGCUAAAGACUCAAAUGGAGAUAGGAUUGAGGUGAAGCCGGAAUAUACCACCGGUAUGUCGAUUCAUCCGAAACCUUUCCGGUGCUCUUUUGAAAGCGUGAAUGCGGCGAGAGAAGGGCAACUUCGAGCGAUGAUGAAUGUGAAGUAGAGUCGUUCGUCCUGGACGGUGUGUUCUCGACAUCUAUUUUACGACAUAUUGUCGAACAGUGUAGCAUGACCUAAAUGCCGAGACUUCGUAGUUUCCAGAAUCUCAGAAUCUGUCUCUCUUGAUCUUGGAAAUGUACGAGCAUCCGGAUGAGUCUUCUCCAUCCGUGUUCAUCGGGAUAAUUCGAGCUGUGUGCUAAAUAAUAUAUACUCAUACUCGAGUAUCCUAGUCAAACAAGUACUGGUGACAACCUGACGUUGACCU